AUGCCGCUGUACGGGACGCUCGAGCCGUUCGAGGGUGAUGAGUCCGCCUGGCCAGUCUACGAGGAACAAGUUCACGUGUUUUUCCGGGCGAACGACACACCCGAGGCAAAACAGCGGGACAUUUUCCAGUGCCAGUUCUCCCAAGCACAAUGCAUCACGUGCGGAAAAACUGGGCACCUCGCACGGGUUUGCCGAGGGGGGAGGACGAACAGCGGACAGCAGCAGCAGCCUGGAUCAAGCCCAGGUUCCACACAAGCCCGCGGUCAGGGUAGCCGUCGCAAGCGUUCGCGACGGGGCCGUGCGGCAGCAGGCGCGGGUCCUUCAGCGGCCAGGCUCCACGUCGUCGCUGAGAACCCGCCAAUCUUCGACAUGUGGCACACAGGCCUUGUUCCGUCGUCUGUGCCACCAUAUCUGCUGACCGUUGAAGUCUGCGGGCACCCAAUUUCCCUGGAGCUGGACACAGGGGCCAGCGUGUCGGUCAUGGCCGGGAAACUGCUCAAGCGUACAUUCCCCGACGUGUCCGUCGAGGCUUCGGGCGUGAUGCUGCGCAGCUACUGCGGACAGCUCGCCCAGGUCCAGGGGCAGGCCCAGGUCAGCGUUCGCUUUGGUGAGAGGGAGGCAACCCUUCCCCUUUAUUUAACCAAGAGAUCAUCACCGACGCUGCUGGGCCACUACUGGAUUCACGCACUGGGCGUUCGGUUGCCGGCGUACCAAGAGGCCAUCCUACAUGUGGUUAAAGACGUCCCAAGCCUCUUGACCGAUUUCAAGUCCCUGUUCCGACCGGGGGUGGGCACAUUUGCUGGUACGACGGCUAGCAUUUACGUUCCCGAGGAAGCCCGGCCUUAUUUUUUCAAGCUUCGCCCACUGCCGUUCGCCCUGAAGGACGGGGUCACCCAGGAGCUGCAACGGUUACAGCGAGAGGGCAUCCUGGUGCCCGUCAAGACGUCUGAUUGGGCCGCUCCCAUAGUUCCAGUCCUCAAGCGAGAUGGCAGUGUCAAGAUCUGCGGGGAUUUCAAGGUUACCAUCAACCCCGUCGCUACCGUCGAGAAGUACCCGCUGCCCUGGAUUGAAGAUCUCUGGUCAGCGUUGUCCGGGGGACAGAAGUUCACAGAACUCGACCUCAAAGACACUUACCAGCAGCUGGUGCUCCAGGAUGCCUCCCGGAAGGGCAUGAGGCACGUGGUGGUGUACUUGGACGACAUCCUGGUUACUGGCACCUACGACGGGGACCACCUGCAAAACCUGCACUACGUCCUGGCACGAUUACAGGACGCCGGUCUCAGGCUCAAGCUGGAAAAGGGCGAUUUCCUGGCCCCCAGCGUUGAGUACCUGGGACACGUCAUUUCCCAGGCUGGCCUGUCCCUAGCCUCCCGCAAAGUUGAUGCUGUGCUCAAGGCGCCAAAGCCCCACAACAAGGAGCUUCAGAGAUAA